UGUGACAACGCAGCCGGAUCUGUGCUGAAGGAACACGGUGUGUCUUUAAGACCCUGCGGAGCCCCGGUAACCCCACACGGCUCGUUGUCCGUACUCUCCCGACUCUCUCUGUAGUUAUUUGAGGGAGGCGCUAGAGCCAUAUCUCCACUUAAAAAAAAAAAAAAAAAGGCAGAAGUAACGGCACUGUCUUGAGAGAACAAUUCAAGCCAAAGCGGUGCAAACAGACUCUCGCGUCUCUCUCUCCGUGGCGUCGGAGUGUGUGCGGCCGAUGCGCGGCAGGCUGAAGCGUUCCGAGGCUCGUAUCCAGUUUAAAUCCUGCGUUCUCCCUCUGCUGAGUAUAUGUGGAGCUCAAGCGACACUUCUAUGAGAAUCCCCGUUGAACGGAGAGACGAAGUUUGGUUGUUUUCCUAAACCGGGGGUGCUGGGGAGAGUCGAGGCGAGAGAGAGAGGGUGAAAGAUGGUUUUGAACAGCCUCCCGUGCGUCCUGGUUUCGCUGUGCUUGUUUUUUUUCUCUUCUUCUCUGUGCAAAGCUCGGAUUUACACCAACCACUGGGCUGUUCGGAUAGCCGGCGGACCUGAGCAAGCUGACCAUAUCGCCAAUAAACAUGGGUAUAGAAACCUGGGCCAGAUUGGUGAUCUGAAGGACUACUACCAUUUCUUCCACAGCCGGACGAUAAAAAGGUCGACGCUUUUCAGCAGAGCCGCACACAGCUUCAUCUCCAUGGAGCCAAAGGUGGAGUGGGUGCAACAGCAGGUGGUGAAGAGGAGAACAAAGCGAGAUUAUAAACCCUCAUAUCCUGGUCCUGUACAGUCCAGUAUGGUCCAGUCCAGCUCCAUUUACUUCAAUGAUGCUAAAUGGAGCAGUAUGUGGUACAUACACUGUAAUGAUAACAUCCAUAACUGUCAGUCUGACAUGAAUAUCGUGGGCGCGUGGAAGAGAGGCUAUACGGGGAAGGAUGUGGUGGUUACCAUUCUGGAUGACGGUAUCGAGAGGAACCACCCAGAUCUCAUCCAGAACUAUGAUAAUGAGGCCAGUUAUGAUGUGAACGGUAAUGACAUGGAUCCCAUGCCCCGAUAUGAUGCCAGUAAUGAGAACAAGCAUGGCACGAGGUGCGCUGGUGAAGUAGCGGCGUCCGCCAACAACUCGCACUGCACAGUGGGCAUCGCUUACAAUGCCAAGAUUGGGGGUGUCCGCAUGUUGGACGGAGAUGUGACAGACAUGGUAGAGGCCAAAUCACUGAGUCUACACCCUCAACACAUAGAUAUUUACAGUGCCAGCUGGGGUCCAGAUGAUGAUGGCAAAACCGUGGAUGGGCCCGCUUCCCUCGCCAGACAGGCCUUUGAAAAUGGCAUCAGACAGGGCAGGAAAGGACGGGGUUCAAUCUUUGUUUGGGCGUCAGGAAAUGGCGGUCGGAGUCGCGAUCACUGUUCAUGUGACGGCUACACCAACAGCAUCUACACGAUAUCCAUCAGCAGCACGGCAGAGAGCGGCCGCAAGCCCUGGUAUCUGGAAGAGUGCGCCUCCACCCUCACCACCACCUACAGCAGCGGAGAGAACUACGACCGCAAAAUCAUCACAACCGAUCUAAGGCAGCGCUGCACAGACAGUCACACUGGAACAUCAGCGUCAGCGCCGAUGGCAGCAGGGAUCAUAGCUCUUGCUCUGGAAGCAAAUCCUUUCCUGACGUGGCGAGAUGUACAACAUAUAAUAGUGAAGACAUCUCGUGCUGGCCAUCUCAGCGCUCCUGACUGGAAAACCAAUGCCGCUGGUUAUAACGUCAGUCACCUGUAUGGCUUUGGGUUGAUGGACGCGGAGGCCAUGGUGAAAGAGGCAGAGCGCUGGAAACAGGUUCCCCCACAGCACAUCUGUGUGGAGAAUGCCGAUAAACAAAUCAGAACCAUCCGUCCAGAACAUGUCGUUCGUUCGGUGUACAAGGCAACAGGCUGCACGGAUAAUGCAAACCAUCAUGUUAUUUAUCUGGAGCAUGUGGUCGUACGUAUAACAAUUACACACCCACGGCGAGGAGACCUGUCAAUCAACCUAACGUCACCAUCAGGGACAAAGUCACAGCUGCUCGCCAACAGGCUGUUUGAUCACUCAAUGGAGGGCUUUAAGAACUGGGAAUUCAUGACAACUCACUGCUGGGGAGAGAAAGCUGCUGGAGACUGGAUACUAGAGAUCCAUGACUCUCCUUCCCAACUCAGGAGCCAGAAAGCACCAGGCAAGCUGAAAGAGUGGUCUCUGAUACUUUAUGGCACCUCCGUGCAUCCGUACUCAUUCCGCAGUGACAAGCCUCGCUCACUGGCGGAGCCUCAGCCUGAUGACGAGUACAGUGAGGAGUAUGUGGGCUUGUGCCACCCUGAGUGUGAGAACGGCUGUGAGGGUCCAGGGCCCCAGCAGUGCAUCACUUGCCUCCACUACUUCCUCAAGUUCAAGAACAACACCAGGAUGUGUGUACCUGAGUGUCCGACUGGGUUUUUCCGGGACGAUAAGAAGCGCUGUAAGAAGUGCUCUCCGCUGUGCGAGUCCUGCAUCGGCAGCCGCAGUGAUCAGUGUUCAACCUGCCGCUCGGGUCUGUUCCUUGUGGAGGGAGGAAACAACUGCGCCAGCUCCUGUCCUGAUGGCUUCUACCUGGACCUGGACUCCACCAUGUGCUGGAAAUGCACCGAGAAUUGCAAGAAAUGCACAUCUGCGAACAUCUGCACAGAAUGCCAGACUGGUCUCAGUCUACAGGGGAAUAAGUGUCAGCUGAGCUGUGAACCUAGCACCUAUUAUAAUGGGCAUCGGCGGGCAUGUGAAAAGUGCCACUCGACUUGUGCCACCUGUGCAGGAACUGGCAUGGAAGCGUGUAAUGAGUGCGCUCCGGGCUAUUACUUUGAGGACUGGCGCUGCGUCUCCAGCUGCAGUGUGGGAUAUUACUUGGCAGAACAAACGACAGACAACGGAGAUGUCCAAAAGUCUUGUCAAAAGUGUGAUCCUACCUGCUACGCCUGCGCAGGACCGGGGGAGAGGAACUGCAGCACCUGCGUGAGCGGCUAUAACCUGGAAAACGGCGUGUGUGUCGUCAGCACCAUCUGCAAAGAUGCAAAUGAAGAAUCGUGGGCUGAGGGAAGUUUCUGUGUGCUAGUGAAAAAGAACAAUCUGUGCCAGAGGAAGGUUCUGCAGCAGCUCUGCUGUAGAACAUGUUCUCUAAAGGGCUGAAGGAACUUUUCCGGCCCCACUUGCCCCUCACGGUCCGCUAAUUUAUAUUCCAGUCGGGAACCUCGAAUAUGGGACUACAUCGUGAGGUUUCCCGAUGCCAGAACUACAACAAACCUACCUUUAUCUCUGUGUGUCUGUAUGUGUGUGUGUGUGCGUGCGUAUGUGUGAGUGUGUCGACAGAAGCUGUCAGGGUGGUGCGACUGGGAUCAGUAAUAAACAGCAAAUCAUACAUGUCAGUAUUUUGUGACCAAAGCAUGGAUGCCAAAUUUUUUGUACCUUUUUCUUCGUUUUGGGUCCAAGAGAAGAAUU